AAGCUAGAGUUGAAACAUAGACAAAAAAUACAACACAACCCUUUAUAGUACAAUUGAUUUUUUCUUUUGGUAACAUUAGGAACAUCUAACAUCUCUUUAUAAUCAAAUCAAACCGAAGACAAACUUGGAGAACACACAAACAAGAAAACCAACCCAUCUUCACUCUUGACAACAGAACAGAACCACAAAUGCUUGUAAGAGACAGCAUUCGAAAAACCAAAUUCUUACUUCAAAAAACACUCAAAAACUUCAAAUGUCUCAUCUUUGGAGGAUACCAAAAACUCCCCAGAUCUCUUUCCUUCAAACCAUUCAUAGGCCGAAGUCGAAGUAACAACAAUAGUGCAAGAACAACAUACACAAGCGAUCAAUUCUACAACGAGUUUUACGAUAUUCUUCAAUCCGAUCUCAACAAAAUGAAUCGAAACAUCGAGAAUAAACCACCCGAGGAUGCUGCAGCAACUGCAACAAGUAAUGUAAAACAUGUGACCUUUGUUAAACAAAGUCCACAAAAGAACACUACAGAGGAGAAGAAGAGGAACAAAGGGAAGAACAAGAAUGAAGGUGUUCAUGAAUUGGCAUUGAAGAUGAAGGAAUUGGAGAUGAAUGAUUCAGGUGAUGUUGAACAAGUUCUUGAUAUAGAAGAAGCACUUCAUUACUAUUCUCGUCUUAAGAGUCCGGUUUAUUUAGAUAUUGUGGACAAGUUUUUCACUGACAUGCAUUCUGAGUUUUCUGUCAGAAACAAACAUUCUAAGUCAAAAGGAAGAUUUGGAGCAAUAAGGUUGUAGAUAACAUAAACCUUAAUUCUUGUUUCUUUGGUGUAUAUGAAAUGUGUUUUUUUUUGUGUGAUUGUUGUGUUGAAUGGUUUGAGUUUGUUUGGUUUAUUGUUCUUUUGGUUAGUUCAUGCUUGAGUUUUAUUUAUAAUGUCCAUUCUUAU